AUGGAAGGACAUAACCGGAGAGGCAAAGACCUAUCCAGAGUUAUGAUACCAAAAGAAGAAAACGAAGGACCUAGACCUCCAAAAGAAUGGAAAUGGAAAACGCCACCACUUCCCAAAGCAAGUUGGACUAAUACAUUGGAUUGUACGUACGAUAGAUCUGUCUGUGUUCAAACUCAAGGUAUUACGAAUCCUACAGUUAUUGGUUCGGAAGAUUGUUUAUAUUUGUCUGUCUAUUCUCCAGAUAUAAAAGGCGUUGACCUUCCUGUACUUUUUUGGAUCCACGGUGGGGCAUUUGUUGCUGGCAGUAACUCUUUCGACGCGUGUAAACCAGAUCAUUUUAUUAAUCAAAAUGUAGUUGUAGUAAUGAUACAGUACAGAUUAGGAGUUUUUGGCUUUAUGAGUACUGGGGAUUCAGCCUGCCCAGGAAAUCUCGGAUUGAAGGAUCAAGUGAUGGCACUAGAUUGGACCAUACGCAAUAUUCGUCAUUUCGGAGGUAAUCCAAAGGAUAUUACAAUAGGCGGUCUAAGUGCUGGUGGUGGAUCCGUUGGCUAUCAUCUACUUUCUCCAAAAUCAGCAGUUGAUAAAAUUGGUGAAGCUGGUAAAUUUGGUCCUAAUACUGUUUCCUGCAGUAUACCAAACUUACUGAAUAAUUUAAUGUUACCUGACUCAUUCAUAUUGACAAAUCAGAUCUAUCUUAUACAUUUUAUACUAGAUGCCUUUAAAAUGAUAUUGCCAAUAUUUAUAAGUUACGUUCCUUGGACGACAUUAUUGAAAGAUAGUUCAUUCGAUUAUAUGAAAUCAACUUUAAGUUAA